CAGAUCACAAAAUAAUCCGUUUCCAUGGGAACGCUCUUAAUACGGAAGCUCCAUGGGAACGCUCUUAAUACGGAAGCUCGCUCGGAUAACAAGACCCGAAACUCGAAGGUGGGGGGGACAGGAGCAGGACAGAGCAGCAAGAGGCCGCGGAUGAACAAUGUCUGACGUGGAAAGUGGAAAGAGAGAGUAACACACUUCGGUGGAUAAAGACUGUCUUUGAGAGACCCUCCCGUCGGCCCUUUCUCCCGGCUGCUGGUGGCUGUGACCAAACACACGAUGAGUCUGGACAAAGCAGAGCUGUGUGACUCACUGCUGACCUGGAUACAGACAUUUCAGGUGCCGUCGUGCAACAGCAAGCAGGACCUGACGAGUGGAGUGGCCGUUGGACACGUGCUGCACAAAAUAGACCCCUCUUGGUUUAAUGAGACGUGGCUGGGCAGGAUCAAGGAGGAGAGCGGGGACAACUGGCGCCUCAAGGUCAGCAACUUAAAAAAGAUUCUUAAGAGCAUGCUGGACUAUUACCAUGACGUGCUCGGCCACCAGGUAUCAGAUGAGCACAUGCCAGACGUGAACCUUAUAGGAGAGAUGGGAGAUGUCACUGAACUGGGCAAGCUGGUGCAGCUCGUAUUGGGUUGUGCUGUCAGUUGUGAGAAGAAACAAGAGCAAAUCCGGCAGAUAAUGACACUUGAGGAAUCUGUCCAGCACGUUGUGAUGACAGCCAUUCAGGAGCUCUUAUCAAAGGAGCCUUCGUCGGAUCCUGGAAGUCCAGAGACCUAUGGGGACUUUGACUACCAGUCCAGGAAGUAUUACUUUCUAAGUGAAGAGGCAGACGAGAAGCUGGACCUGAGCCAGCGAUGUCGAGACCUGGAACAUCAGCUGUCGGUGGCUCUGGAGGAGAAGUCGUCCCUCCAGGCAGAGACGCGCUCUCUGAAGGAGAAGCUAAGCGGCUGCGACUCUCUGGACGCCUCCACCACUGCCAUCACCGGCAAGAAGCUGCUGCUGCUGCAGAGCCAGAUGGAGCAGCUUCAGGAGGAGAACUACAGACUAGAUAACAGCAGAGAUGACAUGCGUGUGCGGGGAGAGAUAUUGGAGCACGAGGUGGUCGACCUGCAGCUGCGGAACGAGGAGCUGACCAGCCUGGCGCAGGAGGCCCAGGCACUCAAAGACGAGAUGGACAUUCUCAGGCACUCGUCUGACCGGGUGAACCAGCUCGAAGCGCUGGUGGAGACAUACAAGCGGAAGCUGGAGGAUCUGGGAGACCUGCGCAGGCAGGUGCGCCUCCUGGAGGAGCGCAACACAGUGUACAUGCAGCGCACCUGUGAGCUGGAGGAGGAGCUGCGCAGGGCCAACGCUGUCCGCAGUCAGCUGGACACGUACAAGAGACAGACUCAUGAGCUUCACACCAAGCACUCGGCAGAGGCCAUGAAAGCUGAGAAAUGGCAGUUUGAGUACAAGAACCUUCACGACAAGUAUGACGCAGUGCAGAAAGAGAAAGAACACCUGAUCUCGGAGAGAGACACACUCCGGGAGACAAACGACGAGCUCAGGUGUGCCCAAGUCCAACAGAGGUGUCUCAGUGGAUCUGGAGGCUUGUGUGACAGUGGUGUCACAGUUGGAAACCUUGCUGCGGAGAUCAUGCCUACUGAGCUCAAGGAGACAGUGGUGCGUCUCCAGAGCGAAAACAAGAUGUUGUGUGUCCAGGAGGAGACCUACAGGCAGAAACUAGUGGAGGUGCAGGCUGAGCUGGAGGAGGCUCAGCGCAGCAAGAACGUCCUGGAAACUCAGAACAGACUAAACGAGCAGCAGAUCUCAGAGCUGCGUUCCCAGAUCGAGGAGCUCCAGAAGGCGCUGCAUGAGCAGGACAGCAAGACUGAGGAUGCCAUCUCCUCUUUGCUGAAGAAAAAGCUUGAGGAACAUUUGGAGAAGCUCCACGAAGCUCACUCGGACCUCCAAAAGAAAAAGGAGGUCCUUGAUGACCUCGAGCCCAAAGUGGACGGCAACAUGGUGAAGAAGAUAGACGAACUCCAGGCGAGCCUGCGGAAGAAGGACGAGGACAUGAAGCAGAUGGAGGAGCGAUACAAGCGCUACGUGGAGAAGGCGAGAACGGUGAUCAAAACGCUGGAUCCCAAGCAGCAGCCGGUGCCUGGGACUCCAGACGUUCAGGCACUGAAGAACCAGCUGACGGAGAAGCAGAGAAAAAUCAAGCACCUGGAGCAUGACUAUGAGAAGAGCAGAGCCAGGCAUGACCAGGAGGAGAAACUCCUCAUUACUGCAUGGUACAACAUGGGGAUGGCGUUGCAUCAGAAAGUGUCUGGCGAGCGGCUCGGCCCCUCUAACCAGGCCAUGUCCUUCCUCGCCCAGCAGAGGCAGUCCACCAACGCCAGGAGAGGCCUGACGCGACACCACCCGAGAUGAGGCGUCCAGGCAGGAGAGAGCGCACACAUGCUGAAGGGAAGCACAGAGAGAAUCUGGCGAUCCGUGGUAGACUUCUCCUGAACUCCCUUCCCUGUCUCUUUUUUUUUUUAUGCCUUAAUGCCUUUUUCAACUGGAUCGCUGCGCCUCAGAGUAUUCCUCAUGCUGCUGCUGCCCCCUGCUGGCUUUUAAUGGUACGAGAAUGUUUAUUUUCUUUAUUUGAGAGCAGAGAUGCUAACUCACAAAAGCAGAAAUUAAAGAAGGGGGAAUUGUCGGGCCUGAAAUGAGGCUGUCUCACCUUUUUUAAGGUGACUUUUUAUUUCCUAUGUAGCCUUGUGGGCCGUUUCUUUAAGGUCUGUUUUAACUCUUUUUGUCUUCUAUGUUAUUCAAUAGAAUGGAACGGGGACUGUUCAACUGCAGUAGAUGAGAGAGUUGGUAGUUUAAGUGCUACGGGAGACAUGAAGCCACACUUCUAGAAUGUUUUAGACUGAAAGCCGAUUAUCACAUUCAGCCGUUAGUGCAUCUCCUUGGAUUUGUUCAUCCGUUUUGAAUUGUCUUAUAGUUUUGUUCUCUUAACCGUGUGUUUUGACUUAAGUUUAUAACCUUUUUUCUUUUAUAUUUGACGGACCUCGAAAAGAUGUAUUGACCAUGAGUGUGUGCGUCAAUGGCUUUAGUCUUUGUGUCUUCUUUUUGUAUCCACGUAAAUAAUUUUCUCCAAAGUGAAUAUUCAUAAUUGGAAGUAGAUACGCCAAAGCACUUUCCUAGAAGAAAGUGUUUAUUGCCUUGCAGAAAACAUUAAUAAUGCUUCCUCUGUGGGUGAGAAUGAAGUUGAGAUAUGUCGACCCCGUUCUUAAACAACGCAUCACACUGCAGGCUCAUGUUCAUAUGGCUGGAGGUACUGUGACUCCUGCAUGUGAUGUUGUUUUUUAAUAAUGUUCUCUAAUUAUGAAUUUUGAUAAUUACUAUUUUUAAAUUAUUUCUUUUUGUUUACUUUUUUUCCAUGCCCUUCCUUCUUCCCAAAGUUUGAAACGGGGUAUCGGCUGUUGGUCGGACCUAAUUGCACUCACCACUUUAGACUCCGAAACGGACGUGAAUACAGGCAACUGAAGGCCUCCUACUUUAUAUCACAAAGACUGGAAAACACAAUGUGAUUGAGUCCAUAAUAAUAAUAAUUAUCCUUCUAAUGACUCGGCUAAUGGCUGUUUACCGCUGCUAGACCUCAUUUACGGUUUAACUGAACUGGAAUGAAACACUUUAUCAAUAAGCUGGAAUUCUUUAGUUGUGUAGGCGUAACAGCCCAUUUAUCAACACUACGGUUAAUGUUCCUUUCAACAGAUGUCGGCAUGUGACGCCGUCCCAUGUCAGAGCUGCUGUUUCGUGACUUGUUUUGGUCCCUGUGACUGUUUGUGCUAUGGACUACACAGACCAGAGUCCUGCUGUGGUGUUCAAACACUUUUCUACUGAUUGUUUUCAUUGUCUAGAGUCUAUAUUUAUGGCGUUACGUCACUUUCUUUGCUCUACGUUUGCAUGGUUUGAAGGGGUUAACUUUUAGGCAGUGUUUUUGUUUGUGUCAUAUAAUGGUCUAGUAGAUCCUAGCACGGUCUACUUCUCACAGGGAUCUGAGGCGAGUUAAAGAUCUGUAUUUCUGUCUGUUCUACUUUUGCACUACAAAUAAAUGGGAUCUUAAGAUGAGAAA